UUGCACAGCCGCCAAUCGUGGUUCAAAAUGACUGCCGACGUCGCCGCCACCCCGGGCGCCAACAAGGAGAACGUCCCGUCUAAGAGAUAUGGCACUCCCCAGUCUGCCGACAAACUUCACAAGCCGUUCAAGUGUCCCGGAUCCGCAACGCGAACCGUAUCGACCGAUCGCCCUGCGCGAAAGAAGAGAAAGGUCGAUUAUAAGGGCGCGGAUGGCGCAGUUGACGCGGAUAAGCCAUGGACCAAUGCCGACAGACUCGCCCUCGCCAAUCGAGACGCGAACAAAUUCCCAGUCUUUCAGGUGAAGGAUAAAUCAACAAUCUUCCGCAAGGCAUUCUCGAUACCUCUUAUCAACAAAGACUCUGCCGCCUUCAAUCCGAAUCGUCCGCCACCAACCCUCGGUUUACGCACGGGUGCCGUUUUCAUCGCGAAGCCGCUGCACGACCCCAGUGGCGAAUUUUCGAUUGUGCUCUAUGAUCCGACCGUGGACGACAAGCCAAAAGUGCCCGAGAAGAAGGAGGAGAAGAAAGAGGUCGAGGCCGAGAAGAUUGAUGCACCUCUUGUCCACAAGAGCUUGGCGGAGAUUCUCGGGAUCAAGAAGAAGGUUGAGGGAGAGCAUCCCAGGGUUCCAGUUGUCAUCGACCCGAGACUGGCCAAGGUACUAAGACCUCAUCAAGUCGAAGGUGUCAAGUUCAUGUACAGAUGCGUCACUGGUAUGAUCGAGGAGAAAGCCAACGGCUGCAUCAUGGCAGAUGAAAUGGGUCUUGGCAAGACGCUCCAGUGCAUCACGCUUCUGUGGACUCUUUUGAAGCAGUCACCGGAUGCAGGAAAGCCUACUAUUCAGAAGGCCAUUGUCGCAUGCCCAUCCAGUUUGGUACGCAAUUGGGCCAACGAGCUGGUGAAGUGGCUGGGAGCCGAUGCCAUCACCCCUUUUGCAAUCGAUGGCAAGGCCUCAAAGGAAGAGUUGACACGGCAGCUGCGCCAGUGGGCCAUUGCCAGCGGCAGAUCAGUCACACGACCGGUCAUUAUUGUCUCUUACGAGACCCUUCGCCUCAAUGUCGAGGAGUUGAAGCACACCAAGAUUGGCCUGAUGCUCUGCGACGAGGGCCACAGACUCAAGAACGGCGACAGUCAGACAUUUAGUGCUCUCAACAACCUCAAUGUCACCCGGAGAGUGAUUUUGUCCGGCACACCUAUUCAGAACGAUUUGUCCGAGUACUUUGCACUGAUCAGUUUUGCCAACCCUGAUCUUCUUGGCACCCGCCUAGAGUUUCGCAAGAGAUUUGAGCUUCCCAUCCUGCGAGGCCGAGAUGCUGAUGCGGGCGAGGCCGAGAGGAAGAAGGGCGAUGAGUGCUUGUCUGAGCUACUUGGCAUCGUCAACAAGUUCAUCAUUCGCCGCACCAACGAUAUUCUGUCCAAGUACCUCCCCGUCAAGUACGAGCAUGUCGUAUUCUGCAACCUGGCGCCCUUCCAACUCGACUUAUACAACUACUUCAUCAAGAGUCCGGACAUUCAGGCUCUUCUCCGUGGCAAGGGGAGCCAGCCACUCAAGGCCAUCAACAUCCUCAAGAAGCUUUGCAACCAUCCUGACCUGCUCAACCUCACAGAUGAUCUUCCGGGAUCGGAAAGCUGCUUCCCCGAAGACUACGUCCCCAAAGAUGCUCGCGGCCGUGACAGGGACAUCAAGCCGUGGUACUCGGGCAAAAUGCAGGUCCUUGAUCGCAUGCUGGCCCGCAUUCGCCAGGACACAAAUGACAAGAUCGUGCUCAUCAGCAAUUACACACAAACUCUCGACCUGUUUGAGAAGCUGUGCCGUUCACGACAAUAUGGCUGUCUUCGCCUUGAUGGUACCAUGAACGUCAACAAGCGUCAAAAGCUCGUCGACAAGUUCAACAACCCCGAUGGAGAAGAGUUCGUCUUUCUCCUGAGUUCCAAGGCCGGUGGUUGCGGUCUCAACCUCAUCGGUGCCAACCGUCUGGUUCUCUUCGACCCCGACUGGAACCCCGCAGCCGACCAGCAGGCCCUUGCCCGUGUGUGGCGUGACGGACAAAAGAAGGACUGCUUUGUGUACCGCUUCAUCGCUACUGGCACCAUCGAGGAGAAAAUCUUCCAACGUCAGUCUCACAAGCAAUCGCUGUCUUCAUGCGUCGUCGAUUCUGCCGAGGACGUCGAGCGACACUUCUCAUUGGACAGUCUGCGUGAGCUGUUCCAGUACAGACCCGGCACGAAGUCUGACACGCACGACACGUUCAAGUGCAAGCGGUGCAAGCCCGAUGGCAGGCAAUAUAUGAAGUCGGCUGCCAUGCUGUACGGCGACACAAGCACGUGGAACCACUUUGUCAAUGAAGGAUUGAAACCGAUUCAGGACUUGCUGCUUCGGCAGGAGUGUGGCGAGCCUGAGGUGUCGGCGGUUUUCCAGUACAUUUCACAUUAG